UGGAAUUCUCGCAUAUGAGACUAGUAGCCAUUGAACAUCUGAAAGCGUUACAUUUGAAAGUUAGUGCUCUGUCUACACAGCUCGGACAAGACAUCAGUGUUACAAUAGAAAGCGAGGACAAUAGUGAGGAUACAGAUUUGCUUGGAGAACUUCUAAAUCAAAUAAGUUCAACUACAUCCAACGAUUCAUGCAUUUUAGAAGGAUAUUCAGCUAUUGAAUCAUUCAAUGAAUCAACAGACACAAAAGAAAAUUUAGCUGCCUUUUGGGAACGAAAGAAAUAUACACACAAAAACUUGUAUCAGCUUUCCCAAGUUAUCCAUGCAACUCCGGCAACGCAAGUGAGUGUAGAGCGUGCAUUUUCUACACUUAAAUACAUUGUAAACGACUACAGGUCAAAUUUAAGUGAUGAUUUGACCGAAACUAUUUUACUAUUAAGGUUAAAUAACAAAUAA